AUGAGCAACAAGAGAGGUCGAGCCUGUGUGGUUGUGUUGGGUGAUAUUGGCCGCAGUCCUAGAAUGCAAUAUCAUGCCCUUUCUCUAGCUAACCAGGCAAAUCUUGAAGUUGACAUUGUUGGAUAUGGAGGAUCUGUGCCACAUGCUGCAGUAGUGGAGCACAAGUCUAUCCAUGUCCACAACAUGAAACCUAUACUUCUUCAGGGCCUGCCAAAGGUCCUUAAACCUUUGGUUCUUCUACUAAAGCCAUUGAUUCAGUUUCUUAUGUUGCUUUGGUAUCUCUGCAUCAAAAUUGUAAGACCUGAUGUUUUCCUGGUUCAGAAUCCACCAUCCGUACCAACCUUGAUGGCAGUGAAAUGGGCAAGCUGGUUUCAGAAUUCUUCAUUCAUAAUUGACUGGCACAACUUUGGAUACACAUUGAUGGCUCUCUCUGUGGGAAGAAAUAGUCGAUUUGUUGCAGUAUAUCAUUGGUUUGAGCAGCAUUUUGGUAAGAUGGCUAUUGAUUCCCUGUGUGUAACAAAGGCAAUGCAACAUGAAUUAGCUCAGAACUGGGGAAUUAAUGCCACAGUUCUAUAUGAUAAGCCUCCAGAAUUUUUUCAUCCUACUCCAAUCGAAGAAAAACACAAGUUGUUUUGCAGGCUAGGUAAAAGUAUCACUCAGCCUCCUAGCAUCCGAGAUUGUGUUAGCUUUGAAAGUUUAUUAUUAGAAGACCAAGGUGUAAAGGAAACUCUAUUUACCACGAUGACUGAUGGUCAUGUUUUUCUUAAACCAUAUCGACCGGCACUUGUUGUUAGCAGUACAAGCUGGACACCUGAUGAAGAUUUUGGCAUUCUGUUGGAAGCUGCUGUUAUGUAUGACAGACGAGUUACUGCAAUCUUGAAUGAAGAUGAUGGUCUUGAUGAAGAGGUUCUUUGGAAAGAGAUGGCUCAAGGAAAGAAGACUUUGUACCCUAGGCUACUGUUUGUUAUUACAGGUAAAGGGCCGGAGAAGGAACAGUAUGAAGAGAAGAUAAAGCGCUUGCGGCUGAAGCAUGUUGCAUUUCGUACAAUGUGGUUGUCAGCUGAGGACUAUCCUCUGCUUCUAGGUUCUGCUGAUCUUGGUGUGUGCUUGCACACUUCAUCUUCGGGAUUGGAUCUUCCAAUGAAGGUUGUAGAUAUGUUUGGUUGUGGGCUGCCUGUGUGUGCCGCUGCCUACUCUUGCAUCCAUGAAUUGGUGGAAGUUGGCAAAAAUGGACUCCUCUUUUCAUCAUCUUCUGAGCUAGCAGAUCAACUUCUGAUGUUGUUUGAGGGAUUUCCUGACAACUGCAAUACAUUGGCUUCGCUGAGAAAUGGGGCAUCAGAAGCAGGGGACUCAAGGUGGAUUUCUGAAUGGGAGGAACAUGCAAAGCCAUUAAUACAUCAGGCAAGUCUCCGUCUGAGUAAAUUUGCUCUUCUAAUGCAUCGUGUCUCCACUGCAUGA